AACCAGCAAUCCAUUAAAAAGACAACAUAAUUUGGAACAGAACCGAAGCGAAAGAGCAGCACUCACAGAGAGAGUGAGACAGAGAGAUGGCAGCAACAGAGAUUGGGUUGUUGGAGUGGGUGAGAGUGGGAGGGGAAGAAGAAGAAGCAGAACAAGCAAAAGGGUGUUUGAGCAAGUUCGUCGAUAAUGGCAGCGUGGAGAGUCACAGAUACUACUUGUCUCGCAGAACCACUCUCGAAAUGCUCAAAGACAGAGGCUACUCCAUUCCCUCUCACGAAAUCGACCUUUCUCUCUCCGAUUUCCGCGACAUGCACGGCCAAUUCCCUGACCCUGAUCGUCUUCGUCUCUCCCUCACUCAUGCCACCAACUCCUCCAAAAGGAUUUUAGUCAUAUUCUGUGGGCCAGGUGUUGUGAAAGUUACUGCCAUUCGGAACAUUGCGGGGCAGAUAAUUAAUAGAGAUACUUUGACUGGCCUCAUAUUGAUAGUGGAGAAUCAUAUUACUAGCCAGGCCUUGAAAGCGGUCAAUCUUUUCUCCUUCAAGGUUGAAAUUUUCCAGAUCACAGACUUGCUUGUUAAUAUUACAAAGCAUGUAUUGAAGCCAAAGCAUCAGGUGCUGACUGAUAAGCAGAAGAUAAAUCUCCUGAAGAAGUACAAUAUCGAAGAAAAGCAGCUUCCCCGCAUGCUACAGACAGAUGCAAUUGCAAGAUAUUAUGGACUUGAGAGGGGGCAAGUAGUUAAAGUUACCUAUAGUGGUGAAGUCACCCAGAUGCAUGUCACAUAUCGAUGUGUUUGGUGAUAGUUUCUUGUGCUCUCUUGUAUUUUGCUGGUUGAACUCGUAGUACUCAGCUUUUGUAUUAUGCUUAAGUUUAUAUUUGCAUGAGUUCCAGAUAAUCAAUCCUAAUGAUCUGAACUCUGUAAAUUUGGUUCUGUUAUUUCUCUCAUAAACUUUUGAAGAACAAUCCGCAUUGAACAACUCCAUUCACAAAUGUUUCGUUUUUCUUUUCUUUCUCUUUUUA